AUCAACAUUCCCAUAGCGCUCGGUUCCGAAGAAUGGUGCAAAAUUCUGGAACAGAUGUUGCUGUUAAUUCUUAUAAUAGGUCGCUGGCUGCUGCCGAAAGGGGAGAUCACUCGCGAACAACUGUCACAACUCUUGUUGGUUUACAUUGGCAUGGCGGCUGAUAUUAUUGAGCUGUUCGAGGCUUUCAAAGAGCAGACGGUCCGUGAGAACGUGCUGUUGACCAUCGUCAUCCUGUCCCUGUGGACGGCCAGUCUGAUCCAGUUCACGCUCGUCGUCACGGCAACCAAGUCCAAGAAGUCAAGGGCGUCCGUGGCACAUCAUGAUGAGGUGGAGGGGUGUUGUCCAGUUGAGGUGAUCUCUAUUUUUAUCAGCGUGUCGCUGCAGGACGCCCCGUUCCUCGUGCUCCGCAUGCUGCUCAUCUUCAGGUACGACGUGCUCAGCUACACCAACAUCUUCUUCACCUGCAAGAACUCGCUCGUGCUGGUUCUACAGUUCGACUAA